GGUCAGAGACCAGGAUGGAGCUCUCCUAUCAGUCCAUGAGGACAGCUCACCAGGUCCGGGAGGCGGAGGAACUGAGAACAGAGACCCGGAAGAAGGACCUACUCAUCCUCAUAUACCAUCACCUCAUGGAUCAUGGCUACAUGGACAGCGCGGGGGUCCUGGAUGGGGAGUGUAACGGGGGUCUCCAGAGGUUGGAGGUCUGUGACAACGUGGACCUGGAGACGGUGCUGAUGGAGUACCAGACCUACCACUACAUCAAGUUCAACAAGUACCCCCGGCUCACCAGGAGGUCCCCCCCUACUGUUGAAACCAGACAGGUUUCAAGUUGCGGCAAGAAGAGGAGCCCCUCCUCCACUGUGAAGCCCCUCCCUAAAAUAAGCCCCACCCACCGACCGCAUUCUGGGGGAGGGGCCAGGAAUUCAGAACCCCACAUAGCCAUCAGAAACAGGAGUGAGAACGGGCUGGUGGAUCCUACGCUGGAGUUUGGUCUCAACGUCUCGUCUUUUGCUAACAAUGGAGCUUCAGGAGAGGGAAGCUCCAGGAAGCUGAAGGACAACAAGGCUGUGAUCCAGGACGCCAGCAGAAGAGGCAACGCAGACACCGACCACGCGGAACGUUUGCUGAAACCUCUCGGAGCGUUCAUCACAACAAGCAGUGAAAUGAGAGAACUUGCAGCCAUCAUCAGCAAGGACAUCUAUGUGCACAACCCCAACGUGCACUGGGAUGACAUCAUGGGUCUGGAGGACGGCAAACGAUUAGUAAAAGAGGCUGUUGUCUACCCUAUUAAGUACCCUCAGCUCUUCACUGGUAUCUUGUCUCCAUGGAAAGGCUUGCUGCUCUACGGGCCUCCAGGGACGGGUAAGACUCUGCUGGCUAAGGCGGUGGCCACAGAGUGCAGCACCACCUUCUUCAACAUCUCCGCCUCCACCAUCAUCAGCAAGUGGAGAGGAGACUCAGAGAAGCUGAUCCGGGUGCUGUUUGAGCUGGCCAAGUUCCACGCCCCGUCCACCAUCUUCCUGGACGAGCUGGAGUCUGUGAUGGGACAGAGAGGAGGCGGCCACGGGGGGGAGCACGAGGGGAGUCGUAGGAUGAAGACUGAGCUGUUGAUCCAGAUGGACGGACUGGCCGCCUCGGACCACCUGGUGUUCAUACUGGCUGCUUCUAACAUGCCCUGGGAGCUGGACCAAGCGAUGCUGAGACGGCUGGAGAAGAGGAUUCUGAUUGGUCUACCCUCAGAGCCCGCCCGCCAGGCCAUGAUCUCCCAUUGGCUCCCUCCAGUCAGCUUGUCAGGGGGGGCGGAGCUUAGAACUCAACUGGACUACGAACAACUGGCCAAGGAGGCUGCAGGCUACUCUGGGUCUGACCUCCGGUUGGUGUGUAAGGAGGCGGCCAUGAGACCCGUCCGCAAGAUCCUCCACACCCUGGAGACACCAGGAAACUCUCACCUGCCUGUCAUCAACCUGGAAACCGUGACAACGGAGGACUUCCUAGAGGUCAUGACCCACACCAAGCCCUCGGCCGGGACCCUCACCCACAGAUACACGGAGUGGGAGAGAGACUAUCAGUCUGUAUGAGAGAGACUAUCAGUCUGUAUGAGAGAGAGACUAUCAGUCUGUAUGAGAGAGAGACUAUCAGUCUGUAUGAGAGAGAGACUAUCAGUCUGUAUGAGAGAGAGACUAUCAGUCUGUAUGAGAGAGAGACUAUCAGUCUGUAUGAGAGAGAGACUAUCAGUCUGUAUGAGAGAGAGACUAUCAGUCUGUAUGAGAGCAAUAAAGAGAGAGAGCAACACGCUACUGCUUAUAUUUGUUCAGGCUUCUCUGCUUUCUACUGUGAAGUUGUAAUUUAGCUAAUAAAUGAUCAAUAAAAAUG